UUUUAAAUAAUCCUAAUCCAACAAAAUAUUUUUUAGUGUAUAAAUUAUUGGCUUUAUCAUGACUUCAAGAAAUGAUAGAAGAAAACGUGAAAAUGAAAUGGAUACUUUUAUAUCGAGAUUGAAAGGAGAAACUGACAGCUACUUAACACAGUUUAAAACUGUAGCAGAAAAUGAAAAUGUUACAAUUGGCGAAGACUAUUUUAAUGAAAAUGUAUCUUCUAUUUUUGAUGAGGCAACUGGAUGUGAUAAUGAAGGUGAUGAGGAUGAAAACAAUAAAAGUGAAGUUCCAUCAGAGGAGAAUCAUGAAAGCAACAACUUCUCAUCCCUGCAUACUAAAUUGUUAUACUUCUGCUUACUUUAUAAACUCAGCAAUAGUGCAAUACUCUGUUUGCUUACCAUUUUAAACGAGGAAGGAGUCGAUGUUCCUGCUUCAGUUUAUCUUUUUAAAAAACCUCAAGUUGCAAAGAAGGUCCAGGUGUUAAAGAAUACUCUAGAUUGCGGUGGAAAUUUUGGUUACUUAUCAAUUUUUGAAAAUCUAUUUUACUGUAUUAAAAAUAGUCUAGUGGUAUUCAAAACGCAAUACGUAGAUCUUAAAAUUAAAAUUGGAAUUGAUGGUAUUCCAAUAUUCAAAAGCUCACCGGUACAUAUCUGGCCAAUUUUAUUCAUUAUGAGAAAUGUAGGUUUUAAUAAACCUCUUCCUAUUGCUGUUUAUUCUGGUUUAUGCAAGCCAAAUUUUUCUGGUUUUAUUGAACAAUUAUACAAAGAGUUAGUUUUGUUUAAAUCUUAUGUUAAUGUAUCUGGAUUUUUUAUUAAAAUAACCAAUGUUUUAUUUAUAUGUGAUGCUCCAGCGAGAUCAUUCUGUCAGUGUGUGAAAAGUCACUCAGGGUAUAAUGCCUGUCCAUACUGUAGGAUUCCAGGUGUGUAUGCUACAAAUAAAGUAAUAUUUCCGUUUGGUUUUAUAUAUCCUUCUCGUACUGACUCUAAUUAUAAAUCACUAUCGGAAUCGAACCAAUUAUUCUUAUCUCCAUUAGCUGAAGUUGCAAAUUUAAGUUGUGAUUUUCCUCCUGAAUAUAUGCACACUGUUUGUCUAGGUGUUAUGAGAAGACUUAUAAUGUCAUAUUUUUCACACAAAUAUGGCCGGUUAAACUGUCGGGUCAGUGAGAAUCUAAAAGAACUGCUAGAACAAAGAGUUAAAUUGUGGCAUGGAGCUUUGCCAUCUGAAUUUCAUAGGAAAAUAAGGUCUUUUGGAAAUAUUAAUUAUUUUAAAGCCACAGAAUUUUGAACAAUUUUACUGUAUACAGGCCCUCUUCUUUUUAAAGGUAUCAUUCCUUUAAA